AUGUCGGGUGGAGACCUGAGGGGACGCUUUCUCUACACCCUGCCGUCCUCCGUCCUCUGGGACUUCUGCCGAGUCAUGGACGGACUUUCAGACUUGGACUGGACCCGCUUCGCUUCUGAAGUCCUUGACGAUCAAACCGCCGUGCGAUUGGCCGAGAGGAGGGACAGGCGGACCGACUGGGUGAUGAACCAAUGGGAGAACAGGAAUGGUCGAGUCGGGGAGCUGAUUGACCUGUUGGAGCGUCUGCAGCUGUUCCGCCCCUGUGAUGUCAUCCUGGGCUGGGCGUCCAGUAUGAAGCCUUUCUCCUCUCUCCCCCCUCCUCCCCCCCCUCCUGCUCCUGCUCCUCAUCGUCCUCAUGUCUCUCUCCCUCUGUUCGACCCCCCUCCAAAAUCCUCUGAGGCCCCGCCCACACUGAGCACAUGCAAACUGACCACUACAGUAGGAGGAAGACCACUACCCAGACCUGCUCCGCCCCCCUCCAGUCUGCAGUCUGACCUCCACCAACCCCCCCAGCCCCCCAAGGUGGUGGCAUGUGGCGACAGAAGCGGGGUGAUGCGCUGGUCAUAUGAAGAGGUAUAUUCUGGGACGGAUGGGUUCUCCCCCUCCCUGCAGGUGGGGGAGGGCGGGUUUGGCGUUGUGUACAGAGCGACUCUGAGGAACACCGACUGUGCUGUCAAGAGACUCAAACAGGACUGUCUGUUGGACUGGCCUCUGCUGAAGGAGAGUUUCCAGACUGAAGUGGAGAAACUGUCAAAGUUCAGACAUCCCAACAUCGUGGAUCUGCUGGGCUUCAGUGAAGGAGGAGGAUCGGUGUGUCUGAUCUACAGCUACAUGAACAACAGAUCACUGGAGGACCAGCUACACAACGAGGGUGUGGUCCUCCCCUGGUCUCAGAGAGUCAGUAUUGUUGAAGGAGUAUCAACAGCUCUGCAGUUCAUCCACUCCCCCCCCGAUGGACACCCCCCACUCAUCCACGGAGACGUCAAGAGCUCAAACAUCCUAUUGGACCACCAGCUGGUGGCGAAGCUGGCGGACUUCGGUCUGGCCCGGUUUGCGUCUCGCAGCUCAUCAGGACGCUCGGCGGCUCAGACGGCGUCAGUCGGUAAAACGGAGACGGUCAGAGGAACGCUGGCGUAUCUGCCUGAUGAGUACGUGAGGAACAGAGAGCUGGGGACCGGCGUGGACGUCUACAGCUUCGGAGUGGUGUUGUUGGAGGUGCUGACUGGUCGUCGAGCUCUGGAGAAAGACAGGAAGUCAGGAGAGAGAUAUCUGAAGGACCUGGUGGAGGAGGUUGCGGACGAUCCGACCGGUUCGCCUGCAGCAGCUUGGAGGAAACAGCUGGACCACCGGCUGAUCACAGGGGGCGCUGCAGACCCUGCUGGCUGUAUGGAGAUGGUGGCUCUGGCCUGCAGGUGUUUGGACAAGAAGAGGAAGAAGAGACCAGCCAUGACCGAGGUGUUCGACAAACUUAACGACAUCCACAGCAUGGUGAAGAGGACAAGCUCCUCCUCCUCCUACAUCCUCCAUCGCCCUUCCCGCCCUCACCCUCCUCCCCCCUCCCACUCCUUCCCCCGACCACCCCGUUCCCUGGACUCCAGUGUGGGGGCUCUGUCCAACCAGCUGUCCAAACUGGGACCGCUCAAGGACACCUACGAGCCCUCCCAGUGCUCCUCGUCGUGCGCCCUCACCGCUCCUCACCCACUCCAUUCCUUCUCAUCGUUCGUUGGCCCGUGUGAAACUGAUGAGAGUCGAGGUUUCUCCCAGUACAACCUUGGCUCCCAGUUCAGAUCAAAUGGGACCAGCUCCAGGUCUCUGUCCCUGUCCACCGGGGACCAGCAUCGCUGUUCAACUGGGACCACGGGGUCCCGGUUCAGCGAGCCUUCUGUCCCCACUGAGGACCAGUACAACUUUCCUCCUCAGCCCGGCAGCUCCAGUGACAUAUCAAGGGCUGGGGCCCUCACAGCACCAGACACUAGAGGGCAGACCACAGCAGGGGCCACAGCAGGGCUCUACGGCAUCCCAGAAAGCUUCUCUCCUGCAGGGUCGCUGCAGCUGUCAUCUCCGGGGCCCUCAAUUCACAUAAAUCCCAGUAAGCAGCGUUUCCUGGAGAAGAAAACUCUGUACGAGGAGGGGAGAAUUCAAACUCCUGAGCUGCUGUCGUCUGAUGACCCCUAUGGAGGGAGGCGUUCUGCGCAGUCCAGAGGACCGGAGGAGAGCGACGAGUUGGAUUAUCUUCCUGCCGAACACAACUGAUGGUUUCUUUCACCAGCUCAACAUAAACCUGCACAGAGCAGAGAGGUCACCUGAUGGCAUCUCGCUCCCAAGGACCAAAGAGUCUCGUGCACUCACACGGGCCGUUCACGCUAAUGUUUGUAGAAUAACCUACCGGUUGUCGACGUGCAGGUGGCGCUGUGUCACAGAUUUCAGACAUUUGUUGAAUCCGUUAACUGUUGUCUACUUUGAGGUUCUCUGCGGACGUUCCACCUGUGCCUUAAAAAGAGAAACAGCUGAAGCGGCACGCAAACAUUUCUCUCCGCUGCACCGCAAAUCAGCAGUGGUUUGUGCACAUCGCUCACACAGCAACCAGAGUGAACCGAAGAUCGACAGCAGCAGAGGUUUACGUGAAGGUUUGACACCCUCAUCAACAUGGAUGGAUUACUGGACGGGCCUACUGGGCACAGGCCUGGGAGCCCCAGGGUUUAAGGCAGUGACUGUUAACAUAUCAUUGGAGAGUUAAUCAAACAUCUACCAAGAGACACAAAGUGCCUAGAAACCAUGCGACCACGCCUCCUCCUAUACAGGAGGGUGGGGGCCUUUUACGUUGCCUCAUAAUCUGUCCAUGCUGAUUAGGCCUGCAGUGACCUUUAUUUGUACCAGCACCGCUGUCCCUGCCUGCCGGAUUGAAAACCAUCACGUCACUUCCGACUAUUUAUUCACAUCUGUUUACUGAUGAUAACCUCACAGACAGAAACAUUUUAUUAGCUGAAUCUAUUUUUUAUGAAAUAUUGAAAUGCAGAAUAUACAAUAUUUACAAGUUUGUCCUGUUUUCUUUGAGACUGUGAAUCUCAGAAUGAAGUCCAAACGAUUUACUGUAAUUAGAUGUCAUUUUUAACUCUUUAAAAAAGGGACCAUGACAACACGUACAACUAUUGUCAUGGGGUACUCUGACAUAUAUGCAUUAAUUUCUUCUUUCCAGUUAUUCCAUAUAUACGUAUUUAGGUCACUUGUUCAAGCAACAUUGUUCAUUUCAUGUAAAUGCUCCACUUUUCCCAGUGUCCGGCAAAAUAUUACCAUCCUGUGAUAUCUUUUAUGUUAUAUUUAAUUUGUCCCAGAAAGACUUUAGCUUUGGGCUGCCGAAGAGCAAAGGGUUUUUCUCCCGGUGCCGGAGUUUAAAGGUUCUUCAGCGGGACUCUCUGUCCACUGUGUUACACAUAUUUAGUCUAUCCUUCCUCUAAGAUUUCAAUAUGCCGUUCGCUGAAUUGGCUUCAGCUUUCAGCCUUGUAACUUAAACGAGGCUGAAAAGACAGAAUCAUUUGGUUCAGUGUUGUAUUUAUUGGCAUUUGUUUAUUUUUAUAAUAUAGAAAACUUUUAAAAUGCCCAUUUUAACGUGUGAUUUUUGUAAUUAAUAAGAACGUCUUUUAGUAUGGCGGGUUGUGGCAGCUGUCUAUCCUCCUCUGGCAGCAGACCUACUUCCUGUGUUCGACCUCUGGCGUCAUAAAAACCACUGCAUGAUCUGGAACAAAAGGGCGUGUUAGAGUCCAUGUUCAGAGGCGGUUGCGCCACUGUGGUCCAGCUGCAGUGUCCGGAUCAACCCUCCGAAUCGGUAUUGACUCAGACCCGCCAGGCGGUGCCUCCGCUGCUCGGCCUCCGGCCGGUCCCCCUACACCUCCGCCUCCCCCUUCCUACUCUGCUGCAGUAAAGUUUGGCCAGAAGAUGGAGAUGCUGAGGGGUUUAUAACUCAAACCGUGCGGACAUUUCUCUCUCCGCUCCGUAGAGUUUUACCCACGUUUACCGACAUUGAGGAGGAAGUGUUGUGUCCAUUGUGUGAAGGACAAAGCCAGCGUUCGUCGCUAUUUCCCCACUUACUGUAGCAACGACCGCGACCUAGCCGCCAUCUUUGUUGAGGGAAGGGACACUUAGCCAAUCGUUGCUAACUAAACAUUAACAUGAGUUGUUUCUUACCUCUAAAGCAAACGUUUUUUAUUGACCCGCCCGUCCCGGUAAAAAACAAAAACAACAACUUGAUUAUCGGUUAUAAUUAUUUGCCGUGAGUUUUGAAGCUUUGUACCCUGCUAGCUGCAAAUGGAAGCUAAUGCUAACGAGUUAUUAGCCUUUGCUAAUUCAAAGUGCUAGCGCUAAAGUUAGCUAACUAGCUUUAAACGAAAGAAAUUACAUUCGCUGCAAAUCCCUGCUAACACAGACACAAACACGAUUACAUUUAUUCAUUCAGCGGGAUCAUGAACUGUUUACUAUACCCACACAGGUUAAAGUGAACAAGCAUUAACCUUGCUAUGCUGCUACACUGCCUGCUAAUGGUCGGAGGGUAAUACUGUGGGGUUAGCAUUGGUUAGCUGCUGAUGGAGCUAAUUAGCUAACAUGAUUAGCAUUAGGAGAGAUGCAGCAACACCAGAGACUUUUUGUCAAUGAAUUAAUGUCUUUACUCAUGAAACUUGUAAACAAAGUGCCUGUGGAGAAAAUAAAAAGUUGUUGUCUCCGAGUUUUGGUCAUAAUAAACUGUUAAAAACGAUACUGAGAUCAAGAUCUGGUUCUAAACUCAAAUUAUUUCAAACUGAAUUCUUUGUUUUUUCAUCCUGUGGACGAGCGAGAUUUUUUUUUACAUACAAUCUAUUAUUAUUACUAUCACUAUUAUUAUUUUACAAAGUACGUUUAAGUUUGUUAUA